AACAUUUUCUCCAAUCGAGGGAGCGGACUGGUCCAGCACAUAGAGCCCGAUAGGGACAUCUGCUUGUGUUCUUUGAAUCGUCCCUGUGACUGUUUUCUGCCCAUCCUACCAUCCUCUGAAGUUGAGGCCCGUGCCAACCCACAAAGUUGGCCUGUGCUGCGCGAGGUGCAGAUUCAGGCGCUAAGGCAGCUAGAUGGGCCGAGCUCCCUGCAACGCGUGCUCGGAGCUGCCUUGAGCUUUCCAUGAGCAACGCAAGCCAAUAUCAUCGUUAUUUUCAGGCCAUUCCAACUUCCUCUUCAACGAUUGUAUCAACUCUGGGGUUUUCCGCUUUUUAUUUCCUCUUUCAAGACACACUCCCUUUCCGACCGUAAUCUAUUUUCCCGGCCAUCGAGAUGGAUACCCUCGUGGCUCGAUACAGCCGCCCGGCAUACCAACAGAAUGAGCCAUUCCCAGAAGAGGACCAGCAUGAUUUCGUCGACUCCGUCCCCAGCUUAUCGCUGAAGUUUGCCAUGCCACCCGUAGCACAUCCCUCGGCCUGGCUCCGCGCCGCGACAGACGACCGGUCGAACCCUCAAUGCCCUAUCAAGAUUGCUCAUGGUACGACGACGCUGGCGUUCCGGUUCCAGGGCGGCAUCAUCGUGGCGACGGACUCGCGGGCCACGGCGGGCAGCUGGAUCGCGUCGCAGACGGUCAAGAAGGUGAUUGAGAUCAACAGCUGCCUGCUGGGCACCAUGGCGGGCGGCGCGGCCGACUGCCAGUACUGGCUGGCCUGGCUGGGCAUGCAGUGCCGGCUGCACGAGCUGCGGCACAAGCGCCGCAUCAGCGUGGCGGCGGCCAGCAAGAUCCUCGCCAACCUGGUGUACCGGUACAAGGGGAGGGGCCUGAGCAUGGGCACCAUGUGCGCGGGCGUGACGCCCGAGGAGGGCCCCGCGCUCUACUACGUCGACUCGGACGGCACGCGGCUGGCGGGCAACCUGUUCUGCGUCGGGUCGGGCCAGACGUUCGCGUACGGCGUCCUCGACGCCGAGUACAAGUACGACCUGAGCGUCGAGGAGGCGCUCGAGCUCGGCAGCAGGAGCAUCCUGGCCGCCACCCACAGGGACGCCUACUCGGGCGGCUUCAUCAACCUCUACCACGUCAAGGAGGAGGGCUGGGUCAAGCACGGCUUCAGCGACACGAACCCCAUAUUCUGGAAGACCAAGCUUGAGAAGGGGGAGUUCACCAACGUCACCAGCGAUCUCUCCGAGAGAGUUUAGAUGUGUGUCGGGAGGGGCCGGGGUUACAGCGGAGAAUCAAAGUUUGGUCGGGAAAGUAGACGGGACGACUAGACUUGGGACGAGGGGGACCAGAAGAGCUUGUAGGAACUGUCACAAUAGCGGAGACGGGUUGGCUCGGUAUCGGACUGGCGAAAGAGGCAUAUGCUACUUGGAGGCUAUGUAAUUUGUACAACAGGGCUAAUCCGAAGUUGCAGUCUGCAUUGACGUUUCUAUUCCCGUCUAAACCAUGUGAAUGAAUUCUCAUCUCCAUUCCCUUUUGUUUGCCUACUCGUACAGUGAUAAAAAUGCGCGUCGGGGUAUAUCUCCAGAACAAUUUGCCAAUCCUCAACUCAAGCCCACCCACCCCUACAACCUAUACUCCGGUCCCUCCCC